AUGGCUCCCGCCACCAUUCCAGCCACUAUCCUCCCUCUUGAACAUGUUGCCAAAAGCGUCAUUCCAGCACCAACCACCACACCACAUCACGGCCACACGGCCAGCAUUGCCUUGCAACGUGUCGCUCUAACAGCCACCUCCCUCACGGCAUUGCGGCUGAAUCCACCUCGUAGCUACACAGCCCCGUGCUUCGAAGGACCUUGCCGCAGCAAGCCUUCGUUGUCGAAUCUGAUGCAUUCCACCACGAUGACACCGCGGCACAUGGCACAACCGUCGUCCUUAACCAUUUAG